AUGGACCCUGAAAAGAAGAUUGUCCUCGAGCAGGACGAGGUUGUCACCGGACCUGCGCCGCUGACAUCGGAAGCCGCCAAGAAGCUUGCCGCGCUCACCGUAGAGGCCGAGAUCCAGAACCCCCUCGUAGGCGUUCCCCGUGAUGAGCUCCUCGCUCGUGUGACGGCGUUCCAGCAGGGAAAAGGACUGCCCGAGGAUAUCCUGCCGCUCCUGAAGAAGGGCGCCCUCGUCGCGCAGAACCCUGCCGGCUUUGAAGAGCUCGAGGACCUGGAUGAGGAUGACAAGGGCGCCUUGCGCAGCGAAGUUACCCACAGAUGGAACCAUCCCUGGGCCCUCUACUACACCAUUAUCCUCAACUCCAUUGCCGCAGCCAUUCAAGGCUGGGACCAGACCGGUUCCAACGGCGCCAAUCUUGGCUUCCCGGAAGCUCUUGGCAUUCCCGAUUUUAGCCCCGCUUGCGGCCCUGAUGAGACUUCAGGCCUCUGCGCCAGAAAUGCUUGGCUCGUUGGCGUCGUUAAUGCCAUGCCUUACAUCACCAUCUGUCUCUUCGCUUGCUGGAUCUCCGACCCUCUCAAUGAGCUCAUGGGCCGUCGUGGCGUCAUUUUUGUCGCAGCAAUCUUCUCUUUGCUCGCUCCUUUCGGCAUGGCUUUCUCACAGACCUGGGGUCAGCUUGCGGCGUCUAGAAUGCUGCUCGGCAUCGGUAUGGGAUUGAAAGAGGUCACUGUCCCCGUCUUCUCGGCUGAGAAUGCCCCGUCAAUCAUUCGUGGCGGCCUCGUCAUGUCUUGGCAGCUCUGGACUGCUUUCGUUCCCGAUAUUUCGUGGCGCCUCCAGCUCGGCUCGGCCUUUAUUCCUGCCGUGCCCCUUGUUCUGGGCAUCUAUUUCUGCCCCGAAUCCCCUCGUUGGUAUCUCAAGAAGGGCAAUCACAUCAAGGCCUGGAAGUCGCUGCUCCGCCUUCGAAACACGCCGCUUCAGGCUGCCCGCGACUUGUUCUACAUUCACUGCCUUUUGGAGCACGAAGCCAAGAUCAUCGAGGACGCCGGCCUCAAGGUCAAUGGCAGUGUCUUCACUCGUUUCAUUGAACUGUUCACAAUUCCUCGAAACCGUCGCGCUACCCAGGCUUCUGGUAUUGUCAUGAUUGCACAGCAAAUGUGUGGUAUCAACAUUAUUGCAUUCUACAGUAGCACUAUUUUCCGCCAGAGUGGCGUUUCUGCUUACAAUGCUCUUUGGGCCAGCUUCGGCUUUGGUUUGAUCAACUUUCUCUUUGCCUGGCCUGCUGUAUGGACCAUUGAUACCUUUGGUCGCCGUGCUCUCCUGCUUUUCACCUUUCCCAACAUGUUCUGGACAUUGCUUGUGGCCGGUCUUUGCUUCCUCAUUGACAAGGACCUGGAACAAAGCACGCCUCGCAUUGCCGCUGUUGCGACUUUUGUAUAUCUCUUUGGCGCUUUCUAUUCUCCUGGUGAAGGCCCGGUACCCUUCCUCUAUUCCUCGGAGAGCUUCCCGUUGUCUCAUAGAGAAGUCGGAAUGUCUUGGGCUGUUGCAACAAACAACUUCUGGGGUGCCGUCUUGAGCUUGACGUUCCCUCGCAUGCUCCGAGCGAUGACGCCGACUGGCGCGUUUGGAUUCUACGCAGGCAUGAACCUCGUUGCAUUGGCCCUCAUUUUCUUCUUCAUGCCGGAGACGAAACAGAAGAGUCUCGAGGAACUGGACUACGUCUUUGGCAUCUCUACUCGGGUGCACGCCAACUAUCAGCUCCGGACCGUGCUGCCGUGGGGUUUCAGGCGCUACGUCCUCCUGCAGAAGGAUGCCAUCUGCCCUCCUCUAUACAAGGAGGACAACAAGGUCGCCCGACCCAACGAGGGUAAAGUCUGA